UUUCUUUCUUUUACUUCCAUCUUCAAAUCAAGAAAGUGAAAGAUGAUCCAAGAGCUGUUUGGUGGAGGUGCUGCUGGGCUUCUAAAUCGAGACCGAAAUCUUCCCAUUUCUGGAGUCUUUGAAGCUUCACCUUCUCCUUCACCAUCUUCUUCCACCACCAAUGGCAACACCACCACCAACGCAGCCACCAAUAACGCCACCACAGUCGGCAACAACGCGCCCACCACCUCCGACAACCAGAAGUUGAGAUGCCCACGAUGCGAUUCCUCCAACACAAAGUUUUGUUACUACAACAACUACAACCUCACCCAGCCGCGCCAUUUCUGCAAGACUUGCCGACGUUACUGGACUAAAGGCGGGGCCCUCCGCAACGUCCCAAUUGGCGGCGGAUGCCGGAAAAACAAAGGCACCACCAUAGCAGCCGCCGUAGGGAAGCCAAUCUCCGCCACCGGGAAACUGAAAGCAGUCGUCUCAUCUGAGCUUGGAAGGUCGGGUUUCAUCAACGGUUUCGACCAGGAAUUCACUCCGAACCCGAUUCUAUGGUCCGGUCCACCGCAAACCUCUCAUCUUCUUUCAUUACUCAGAGCCACCCAAAACCCUAACCCUAAUUUUGCAUCAAAUUCAGUUACCCACAUGAAAGAUCAAAGCUUUAUGGUUGGAUCAAACAUGUCUAACCUAGGGUUCGAACCCCUAGGUCAAGCAUCAUCAUUAGGUCUAUGCAGCUCUUUGUGGAGAAACAAUCAACUGAAUCAUCAACAAGCUCAACAAAACCACCAUGAUCAACAAGGGGUCAUGGCCACUGGUCAUGAAGUUCAAAACAUAGAAAACAAUCCUUCUGGUCAUCAACGGUAUCAACGGCUAAGAUCAUCAUCUCCAGCAAACUAUUACCAUCAUGAUCAUCAACCAACACCUUUGAUCUUGGGUGGCAAUGUGAUCACCAACACUUCAUCUUCAACAACCACUUCAACCAUCUUGGAUUCUGCUCCAGUUCUUGCAAGUGGUGAGAUGGGGUUCUGGAACCAAAACCUUCCAUGGUCUGAUCUACCCGCAGCCAACGGUGCAUACCCUUAAAUCAAGAAAUCUUAUUUAUAUAUAUAUAUUUUUUGUUUUGUUAAUUCAUAGUUAAUUAAGAUCAAGUUAGCUAGGGUUUGUGGUUACUUCAAUUUGUGGUGAUUUGGGGUGUGGUAUAUGAAUAUGGUUUGUUAUCUAAUAUGAUAUAUGUAUGUGUGCUUUAAUUAAGGAGUGUUUGAU